AUGCAGAAAUUUCUUUAAAAUCAAGUGUGUAUUUAUUAAUGUUUGUUGAAGGAGUUUUUCAUUUGGAAAUUGUGUGGUAUAUGCAGUGGUUGGUGAGAGUUUUCUUUAAUCUUUGACUUUCGACUUUUGUACGGACAAAGUAAAUUCGUUUUGCUUCCUUAAAAGCCGGCAUCAAACAACGUAGUAGCGUUCACAGUGUAAUCGUUCAAAUCGCAGCUAAACAGCCCGAAAUCUCGCCGGCAUUUAGAGUAUCAGCGUGUUUGUAGCCUAAAGUUGCAAGAUGGGUAAGGAGAAGACUCAUAUUAAUAUUGUCGUGAUUGGUCACGUCGACUCGGGUAAGUCCACCACCACCGGUCAUUUGAUUUACAAGUGUGGCGGCAUUGAUAAGCGUACGAUUGAGAAAUUCGAGAAGGAAGCUCAGGAAAUGGGUAAGGGCUCAUUUAAGUAUGCCUGGGUUUUAGAUAAACUGAAAGCCGAGCGUGAGCGUGGCAUAACCAUUGAUAUCGCUUUGUGGAAAUUUGAGACGCAAAAAUACUAUGUGACCAUCAUUGAUGCGCCUGGACAUCGUGAUUUCAUUAAGAACAUGAUUACCGGCACUUCGCAAGCCGAUUGUGCGGUAUUGAUUGUGGCGGCCGGUACCGGCGAAUUCGAAGCCGGCAUCUCCAAGAAUGGUCAGACGCGUGAACAUGCACUACUGGCAUUCACUUUGGGUGUUAAGCAAUUGAUUGUUGGUGUGAAUAAGAUGGAUUCCACCGAGCCGCCGUACAGCGAGGCACGCUAUGAGGAAAUCAAGAAAGAGGUUUCAUCGUACAUCAAGAAGAUUGGCUAUAACCCAGCAUCGGUGGCUUUCGUACCGAUUUCCGGUUGGCAUGGCGACAAUAUGCUUGAACCAUCUGAGAAGAUGCCUUGGUUCAAGGGUUGGACUGUGGAACGCAAAGAGGGUAAAGUGGAGGGCAAGUGCUUGAUUGAUGCGCUGGACGCAAUAAUGCCACCGCAGCGGCCCACCGACAAGCCAUUGCGUUUGCCAUUGCAAGACGUCUACAAGAUUGGCGGUAUCGGCACGGUACCAGUGGGACGUGUGGAAACCGGUAUACUGAAACCAGGUAUGGUGGUGAACUUCGCACCGGUUAAUUUGGUAACUGAAGUAAAGUCUGUUGAGAUGCAUCACGAGGCACUCUCCGAAGCUUUGCCCGGUGACAAUGUGGGCUUCAAUGUGAAGAACGUUUCCGUUAAGGAGUUGCGUCGUGGCUACGUAGCUGGUGAUUCUAAAAAUUGCCCCCCGAAGGGCGCCGCUGACUUUACAGCUCAGGUGAUUGUGCUUAAUCAUCCUGGCCAAAUUGCCAAUGGUUACACUCCGGUUUUGGAUUGUCACACCGCUCAUAUUGCUUGCAAAUUCGCUGAAAUCAAAGAGAAAUGCGAUCGUCGUACCGGCAAGACCACCGAAACUGAUCCGAAAGCUAUCAAAUCCGGGGAUGCGGCUAUUAUUAUGCUUGUGCCAACCAAGCCGUUGUGUGUUGAAAGUUUCCAAGAGUUUCCGCCGCUCGGGCGGUUCGCUGUACGCGACAUGAGACAAACGGUCGCAGUGGGGGUCAUUAAGUCAGUCACCUUUAAAGAGACAACCUCGGGUAAAGUCACAAAAGCCGCCGAGAAGGCACAGAAGAAGAAAUAACUAGAGUGCCAGCAGAACGUUAAAUCACAACAACUAAUAAUUAUGCAGCAAUUAAAGCAAAUACAAAUACAAUUUGUAUUAUCGUCAUCGUCAUCAAUAAUGUCGUUGUCAUCAGAGUCGUUGGAGUUGUCAUUUUUAUUACCGCCGCCGAAUGCAGUGUCGAUGUGGUGGUUAACAACGACAACCGCAAUAACUCCAAAAGCAACAACAGCAAAAAUACUACAUAAAUCUCAAAAGAAAACAUUUAAUAAGCAUAAAUUUAAAAGAAUACUACAAUUUACUAUUAUCAAUGAUAUGAAUAUGAAUAUGAUAAGCAAUUAUUAUGAUAGUAAUGCUAUGACAUUCAAUGUGAGCAACAACAUCAACAACAAAACAAACAUCAACACAAAGCACACCAUUGAACACCCAUUUAUGUAUGACUACAUCAAUUAUUAUAGACAUGCUUCAUGCUACAAUUCCUACAACAAUAACAAUACCAAGAGCAUAAAUAUAAACAACAAACCCAUUCCCCGCGUCUCUUAUAGUAGCGGAAUUUCAACAACAACAGCAAAAAUCAACGCAUCAAAAGUGAUGAAAUCGGCCUUCCCGCAGACAUCGGUUGGCUCUGGCAUAAUUGAGAAGGCAUCACUCCCUAUGCAAGUAACCAAGAACAAAAUAAAAGACACUGAUAACAUAAAAACCCCACAACUUGCAACGACAACUCCUUCCCGUGCUUAUUCUUCCGCACAGUUCAUAGCCAUACGCGAAGCAGCUCAUUUAGCAAUCAAUACCAAACUAAUUAUGUUAUUAUUUUCAAUUGUAUACUAUAUUUAUAACUUUCUUAAUCUAUACCGUCAUCGCAAAUCGUUUCGCAGGAAAUCUAUUUAUAGCGCUUUGUUAAAAACAAACCCAAUGUCAACAACUAUCCCAUACAAUAUCGACAUUAACGCACCUAGCAAGUGGUCAUACAUUUCAUAAUUAGAAUUUCCAACCAAUAAGUUUCAUAGAUGAUGCGCGCUCAUCACGAUUUAUGCAGCAAACAAUGUCGGCUUAUCCCUUAUCGUAUUCCCUCAUUAUAUUAGUAAUCAUAAGUGUACAUUUGAAUGUAUGCGAAUUCAUACAUUUCCUGUAACAGAUAUAAAUGCAUGCGUUUGUAUUGUAUUGUAACUGUAUUUCAACACCAAACUGUGAGACUCAAUCGAAUUGAAUUCAUUUUGUUAUUAAUUCAUAUAAUUAUUAUUAA